AUGGCGGCGACGGCGCCGAAGGCGACGACGACGACGUAUCGAUGCCCGCGCGGCGAACCCACGGUGGCGAGCGCGAUGGCGGCGACGCGAAUGGCGAUCGAGGCGAAGUGUGAGAUCGUGAUCGCCCUGGGGGGGGGGACCGCGAUCGAUACGGCGAAGGCGGUGGCGGCGAUGAUGACGAACGGCGGGGCGGAGGCGGAUGCGUACGAUUUUCUCGAGGUGGUGGGACGCGGACGGGCGCUGACGACGCGAACGGCGCCGUUCAUCGCGGUGCCGACGACGGCGGGACCGGGGGCGGAGGUGGCGAAGAAUGCCGUGCUCGAGGCUGGGGAUAGAAAGGUGUCGAUGCGACAUCCGUACAUGUUGCCUUCGAUCGCGGUGAUCGAUCCCGAGUUGACGCUCGGGUUGCCGCGAGACGCGACGGCGCACACCGGGUUAGACGCGCUCACGCAGUGCAUAGAGCCGUACGUGUGCUGCGUCCCGAACCCGUUGGUGGAUGCGAUUUCCAUGGCGGGCAUCGUCGCGGGGUCGAGCGCGCUUCGACGCGUCGUCGACGACGGGUCGGAUAUCGACGCGCGAGAACAAAUGUGCUUGUGCUCGUAUUACGGCGGUUUGUCCCUCGCCAACGCCAAGCUCGGCGCCGUGCACGGAUUCAGCGGUACGCUCGGUGGAUUGCUGCACGCCCCGCACGGCGCGAUCUGCGCCGCGCUCUUGCCGCACUCGUGGACCGUGAACGUCGCCGCGCUGGAGGGACGCGUCGCGAAGGACGAUCCAGAGGUAUCCGCGCGCGCGCUCGCGCGAUACGCCGAGGUCGCUCGCGCGAUGACGAACGACCCCGAGGCCACGGUACAAGACGGCAUCGCGUUUCUCGUCGAUCUCGUCGAGCACUGCGGGGUUCCGGGUCUCGGUACGUUUGGACUGAAGGCGUCUGACUUUGCGUCCGUCGUCGAAAAGUCCAAGCAAAGCUCGUCGAUGAAGGGGAAUCCCGUCGAGCUCACGGACGAGGAAUUGACCACCAUGCUCGCGCUCGCGCUGUGA